UGAUGAUAGUUCGCGGCGGAUGGCAGCGCGUUUCGGCCGCUUUCGCGUUUCUCUGAGUGGGUCGCGCGCGACGAUGUGAUCCACGUGACUCGCGUCAACAAUCGCGGCGACUGCGGAAGCGACGAUCGGCGAGUUUGGAGGCUCGAGAGAUCGUCACGUAAUAUUUUUCCUCCCUCUCAUCUCUCAACACUUAGACGCCGAACGUCCCCAUUCAGCGCGACUGGACGUCGAAGCACCCUCUUGCCUCCGGGGUGAAUAACGACAGGGUGACAGCGACGCACGAGAUCUCCCGCAGCUAAUCAUACAUCCAGAUGACGCGAUGACGCUACAUUGGUGGAUGCAUUGGUUCUGGGUUACUGCGCAAUUUCUUGUAAUUUUUGGGAAUCCUUUGCCGUCUACCACGUCGGAUCCCGUCAACCAGUCUCAGUCAUCUCCAAGGGUGACGCCCUCGACGAUCGAGAUCGAGGAUCGAGAAAAUAUCUAUCGCACGUCGAAGUCAGUCAGACCGACUUUUCGAAUCCCUAAGGCUAUUGGUCUUUAUCCACAGACAAAUACAGCCGUGGUGCCUGAGAGGCAGCAAUCCGUCACUACUAUCGCCUCGUUCCUAUUAGAACGUGGAAAAGGUACUGUUUCUGAGACGAGUGUCCACGAGACAGUCGAGCUAAGUUUCCGCGGUAAUAUCUCCAACGUCGAACCGCUCGACACGACGAUACCGCAGCGUGUCGCGGAGAACGUCGAUAGAAUCAGGAACUCGACGAAAAAGGAUAGUAAGAUCACGUGGAUCCUGACAACUAACAAAUCGUCAGGUAGACCGAAGUACGAUCAGGAGGAGAGAAAUCAAUCUAGCGUCGCCAGGAACGUUAGCUUCGAAGAAGUCGAAGAUCUCACCGUGCUACCUCUUCAAGAAGAAAUGUCGAAGGUUGACCUGACGUUAAACAGAACAAGGUCUUCUUUCGUAACGUCCUUGUCCUCGACCGGGCCUGCUGGUAAUGCCGCGAUCAGGACGUUUAAUCAAUCCGAGGACGAGGUCGAGAUCGAUGAGGAGGUGGCUCAGACGCAACAUUUCGCUACAGCGGCGUCUAUCCUUGGAGUUGGCGAGUCCACUCGUCUGAGCAGAGCGAGGAAUACUUUCAUCACGCAGCACUUUCAAAGAGAUCAAGUGCAAGGAGACAAUCAGCCCUCCGAUUAUAACGACACAGGUAAUAAUAGCGAAAGUACUGAGCAAGGUUCGACGACAUCCGCUGCUGGUGUAGCUGCUAUUACAGGUAGCUGUUUAGCGACUGUGGUCUUGCUCAGCACUGUGGGUAGUCUCGGAUUCAUUAUAUACAGGCGCAAGUACUUGAACCCUCCACAAACAUUGAACAGUGAUAAAUGCAGCAAUCCUGAUAGCUCCGGUUACAUCGAUGAUUCCACUAUUCGUGAUAACUCGGAGGAAAUGUACAGUUUGGAUAACGACUCGUUCCUAAAUUCUCUAGAAGCAAUGACAAUACAAAAUUAUUGGACUGACAGUGUAAAGCAUACGAAGCUAUGACAAAAGAAGAUAACCCAUCCAGGAAAGAGAAUCGAGACAUUUAGCAUUUCCGACGGUGAAGCACAUGAGCAAGUUUCUCUGCUUGAGCAAUAGUACUUACACGUCCGAGACAACCGUAUUCUAAUUACCGUGCAGCAAAUUUUGUUGCCCGAUGUAUAUCUUGAGGCGGUGAGAAUAUGCAGCGCUUGAGAGUCAUUAAUCAGUUUUGAUGGGCUGUAUCGAAUGUUAGUUACCUUGGACGUUAUUAUUCUGUACGACGUAAAAAAUUAUAGAUCAAAAUUGCGAAACGGCACGUAUCUGUCAUUUCGCGACAUGUUGAUUUAUGUCACUUCCAUCGUUCCUAUAUUUUUCUACGACGCAUGCGACCGGUAAAGUCGCGCUUAGAUGGGAAGUGGCGGAAUUAUCCCUAAAUAUUUCCAUUAAUAAUAUAGUGCAAUAAAAUUGAAAAUUGAUGUACUUUAUUAUUAAAUUAAUAUAAUAACAUUAUUCUAGAAAAGUAAGAGUACAAA